CACACAGCUGCCGCUGCUUGCCCAAGAAGCCAAGGGGCUACCCUACCGGCAAUACGUAAAGUUGGUUAGGUACCAAGAUACAGCCCUGGAGCAUAUAAAUCGUAUGGUACCCAGUACCUAUAUGUACUUAGCUGCAUGUACUUAUGUGCACUUACACACCACUGCAACCAAUAGCAUAGGAUAACCACUCAGUGCCUCUAAUCUUUCCUCCCCUCCCAAACGAAACUACUGUACUUUGGCAAACCACGAACGACGAAACUUCCUACUAUUUUCUGACCACAUCCUUUUUAAUUCUUCUUCACGCCACCGGCCAACUUGCGCGACCAACGAUCAAGAGUAACUUGUCUUUCGAGAUUCGUUUCUUUUGUCUGAGGCGACACCUUCAAGAAAAUCGUUCAAGAUGAACCCUCACCAGAAGAAUAAGAUUGACGUCAAGUCUCUCACUCCCGAUGAGCAACGUCUGUUUCGGCUAUACGGCAAGCUGCCGUCCAAAUCGGACCACUUCGCCAAGCACCUGAAGGAGCGCAAAUACUUCGACAGCGGUGACUACGCGAUGUCGAAAGCAGGCAAAGGCGACAGCGUCGACACAGGCAGCGUCGGCAGCCAGCACCCAGUCCCCGAGAACAUCCCGCACCUAACCUCACCCAACGGUCAAAACAACAACGGCGUCUCAGGAAGCGGAGUCGGUCAUCAACAUCAUCCUAGUCUACACCACGGCACCGGCGCCGCCGCUACCCAUCAUGCCAGCCCGCAGGUCACAUCCGCCGGUAGUCCCGUUAAGGAGAGCAGUUUCCUCCAUCGCGAGACUAGCGCCGAGGAAACCGCCGAUGAUGCUGAGAAAGAGAACAAGGCUGCAACUCCGGAGAAACCUGAUAGUCAGGGUAUCCCGAUCCGAAGAUAGGCUGGGUAUACCCCGUCGUCGGCUUGCUGCCGUGUGAUAAGCUGGGAAUGUUAACUAAUUCACGGUGGGGUGAUGGUUGCAUUACUGGGAUUACUAGAUGGACCGAUGGCUGACCGUGGUUAGUCGUAUGUUUCUUCUGGUAAAUAGGCAAGCUAGACAUCUUCACUUUAUGUCCUUCAUUACGAAGGCUAAGUCACUAGGUACACGAAGGAAAGGGAGAAAAUGGGGUCGUGUAAGAGGAGAGAGUUGGACCCCUUUUCGCGAUGGAUGGAUGGAUGGAUGGUUUUCAUGUGGAUUACCAUUAUUUUCGCUUGUGUUUACUUGCUUUGCCUGUUUUCCUUGUUUCAUGGGAGUUAGGGUGGCUUACGGUAACUGGCAAAGGGAAAUUAUCGCAAUUGCAAAAAAUUUCUUCGGAUUGAUUUAUGUAGCUGUCGUCGUCUGAUUUAGGUCUCAAUGCUGAUUUGAUCGGAAAACUCAUUCGUUAAGAUGCUCGUGGUUUUCGGGGCAGGCAGUGGGGUUGCGUAGUUAGCUGUUCGAUAUUUUCUGCCUCCGAAAGCAAGCACAGUUUCGGCGUUAGUAUUAUUAUUAUCAAUAUCAAUGUUCAAGUAUUUGAUAGGAGCAUUGAUAUAUUCAAAAUGAGAUUACA